AUGGUACCAGUAAACAAGCCGUAUAUGGCACCAGUAAACAAGCCGUAUAUGGCACCAGUAAAAAAGUCGUAUUUGGCACCAGUAAACAAGCCGUAUAUGGAACCAGUAAACAAGCCGUAUUUGGCACCAGUAGACAAGCCGUAUAUGGAACUAGUAAACAAGCCGUAUAUGGAACCAGUAAACAAGUCGUAUAUGGAACCAGUAAACAAGCCGAAUAUGGCACCAGUAAACAAGCCGUAUAUGGCACCAGUAAACAAAGCGUAUAUGUCACCAGUAAACAAGCCGUAUAUGGAGCCAUUAAACAAGCCGUAUAUGGAACCAGUAAACAAGCCGUAUAUGGCACCAGUAAACAAGCCGUAUAUGGCACCAGUAAACAAGCCGUGUAUGGAACCAGUCAACAAACCGUAUAUGGAACCAGUAAAUAAGCCGUAA